AUGUCCAACCUUCGCCACAUCGACUACCACGCCCACGGCCUCUCUCUCGGGGACUUCAACGACGCCCGCUGGCUUGCUCUCACGAAGCUCGCGCGCCUCAUCCCCUACUUUGUUCUCUACUCGCUUAUUGUCGUAAUCUUUGCCGCCUUUGUCCGCCUUGUCCGCCAUUUGCGACGUCGCACUCGUCGCAAGAGACUCGACGCCGAACAUCAGAGCCUGGAGAUCACCCGUCUUCAACAGCAACUCGCUGCCAAGGAUCGUCAGUCUCACGUCCUCAGGCACACAGGCAACCGCAACUACACUCGCAUGGUCGAUGCACGCGCUGCUCAACGUCGGACGCAGGCACAACUCACCCAGCACCAGAUCAGCGCAGCCCUUACUGCUCAUCGGCACGCCUUUCAGCUCGCGGCCCUUCAGACCUCUCGCGCUGCCUCCGAGAUGGCAUCCGCUGCCCAGCUUGUCACGCAGUCUCAGAUGCUCGAUGCUCAGAUUCACGAAGCUCGUCGCCAUGUGUUCAAGGCUGCCGCCGAGGCCGCUACUCAAGUUGCCGUCCGCAUCGCGGUUUCCGCUCAGCUUGUUGACCAGUCUCGUCGCCGCUCAUAUCAAUCUGCUGCUUCCGGUGCCGCGCGCAUAGCCGCGCGCAAAGCUUCUGCUCUCGAGCUUGCCGAACAAUCUCGUCGUCAUGAUCAGGAGCUACUGGCCGCACGUCGGGUUACAUUCAUAGCCGUCGCUCAGGCCGCCGCGUCCGUCGCUACCAACAAGGCUCUCUUGGCCCAGCUUACUCUCUGCCAGUCCCAGCUCCGCGACAGUCAAGCAGCUCAAUUGACCGCGCUCCAAGCUCUCGGUGUGAACUCCUUCGAGGAGGCCAUCCACAACAAGCGUAUCUGCGACAAGGAGCUCACUCAGACCAAGCAACACGGGAAGGCGCUCGAAAACCAGACUGCGGUCCUCAGGCUUACGUCCGGCAUCAUGGAGGUCACCCACGCCGAGGAGAUUGCCGCGAAGGAUCAUCAGCUUCGGACACUCCACGAGCGCUCAGACGAGCAGGCCAUCGCUCGCGCGGCACACCAGGCGGAGGAGCAGGAGCGUGAGGCUCAGCUUACAUCGGCGCUUGCUUCCCGCACCACGGAGCUCAAGUCUCUUCUGCAGCGCUCCGACAAGCAGACCCGCGCAUACGCAGCUGAGCGGGCGGGCGCACAGGAGCGCGAGGCGAGCCUCUCUGCCGAGCUCUCUUCGCUCUCGACCGACCUCAAGUUUGCUCAUGAGGAGCUCGAGGCCGUCAACAUCGAGUGCGCUACGUACCAAGAGAAGCUGCAGGCCGCUGACGCCCUUGCCGACAAGCGUGAAGCGCGCAUCACUGUGCUCAAGGCUAACGUUCAGGAGCUCGGAGCUUGCGCGUCCAAGCUCACCGACAACUACGAGGAGCGCCUUCGCAUCGCAGGCCAGCAUGCACGCGACCAGGAUGAGACCAUCGCUUCUUUGCGCGAGCGGCUCAACGAGCUUCAGUGCGCUGCCCGUCCCACGGUGUCUCGGCCCGAUGAUGGCCUUCCCUCGCCACCUCCUAGUCCCGCAGCUCCUUCAUGUUCUACGCCCUCCGACGACGGCCUCGACCCGAGCUGCACCUCCAUCAACGACGAGGACGAGGACCUUCCCAUCACAACGCUCACUCGACUCCCGCCGCCGCCUCCCGUAGACGCCCGCAACCGGCGCUGGAUCGGCCCGAGUCUCCGGCGCGGUGUUCUCAUCUGCGGCGUCUUCUCUGGCUAUGGCCCUCCUCUCGUCGACAAGCCUUCUCCCGAGCGUAGACUCGAGCUCAUCAUCGACGACAUUGGCGAUGUGGGACUCGGACCUCGCGACGUUCUGAAUGCCACAAUCUACUACACACCACGCUCGCUUCAUCGCAUACUUCCAACACGCUCUCGCAUCCGUUUACCUCUUCUCUCUCUUUUCAUCUCUCGAUCUCUACCACGCGAUAUACACGCCGCGCUCGUCUCUAUCUCUCUCCAGCUAUCUGCCUUGCAUCAUCGCUGUCCCACAAUCGAUCUCUCUCAGAUUUAUAAUGCUCUAUACAUCGCCGUCCGGCGCACACAAGCUAUCCGCACUCCCGCAAUCCUCGCUACCUUGGAUACCCGCGCCGCCGCUCAACACACGCGUGCUCACCGCCUUGAGCCGGCGCAAACGGCUCCGCGUACUUUGGCCAAGUACCGGGCUCGUCCUCGACUCAGCGCUAGCGCUGCAGUUCGCCGCCCGUUGCCUUCUAUUGGGCUUCUCACGGCGCCUUCCUUUUUCGGCGCCUCUUCGCCGCUUGCGGCCGUGCUUUCGCCUCGCUCUCGCGCUUCCCUACUGUAUCUGCAUCAUACCCUUCCCGCAUCGCUGCCACAGUCUGUUCUCAUGUACUCUACUCAUAUACCGGGUUCAGCGAGGCGUGUUUGGACUUUGGUCGGGGGUGGGGAUGCGCCCCUACUUCUUGCCUGA